AUGUCCAGCAGCAACAACAACAACAACUUUGUAAGAAAAAGUGUCAUUGAAGAGUGGAGUGAAGCACCAACGCUAAUGCUACUCCACAAGAUCGUACUCGACAACAUCAACAACCACAACAUCAACAACCACAACAUCAACAACCACAACAUCAACAACCACAACAUCAACAACAACAAAAACAGCAACAACAACCAAAAGCAACAUGGACGAUUUCCACAAACAAGUGACACCAAUGGUGCUGAAAAAGUUGCAACGCCGACGCACAGCUCUCAUCUGUUUACCGGAAACGGAAACGACAGCAAACAACAAAACGACUUCUGGUCAAUCAAAGACAGUGAAACUGCACAAGGACCUCUGCUAUUCAAAUUCAAGUCCCUGGCCUGCGAGGUUAACUAUUGUUCAUUGUUGUUCAAUUUUCCGAUGUUGUUCAAUGUUUGCAUCUGA